UGGAGGAAGUUGCGCUCCGGCCUGGCAGGGAGGCGCGCAGGGUGCCCCGGUCCCUGCGGUGGGUGACGGGGGCCCAGGGAGGCGGGGUGCGCCGUGGGUGAGUCCUCCCACCCCGGUGCGCGUCUUGGAGCGCGCGUGGAGAGCCGAGCGCAGGGCGCACCCCAAACCCAAACCCAAGCAUCCUCUGCUCCUGGCAGGGGAGCUGCGCCAAGGGGCAGCUAGCUGGACCCGGGUCCCCCCAGGGGAGCACCCACCCAGACACCCCCAGCUCCGGGUUCUCGAAGUCGGGGUCCCCCCUCUCCACUGGCGAGAUGGCACCGAGAGGACCACCGCGCGCGCUUUGGUUCCUGCUGAAUCUUCUUGGGGCUCUCCUCGCCAGCCGCGGCUGGGUCGCUGCAGGACCUGAAGCCAUUACUGUCAUCGGAGAGGUUCAUAGGAAUGUGACUCUGCCCUGUGGCAACAUUUCGGGACCCAGGGGGCAAGUGACCUGGUACCGGAAUGACUCGGAACUCAUCUUCCUCCAGUCCUCCAACCCCAGAGCCCUGCCGGUAGAACCUCGCUUUUCUCUGGCCCUCGAUGCCUCCCUGAAUAUUGAGAGGCUAAUCCUGGAGGAUGAGGGGAACUACACAUGCCAGGAGGACCUGAACCAGACGAGAAGUUUCCAUGUGGAGCUGCGCAUGGCCAGUGGCCCCAACCAGGUACAAGUUGACAUUGUUGCAACUGGCACCCUGCCCAACGGGACCCUGUAUGCAGCCAAAGGCUCUCAGGUCACCUUCAGCUGCAGCAGCAACAGCUCGUGGCCCCCGGCCCUCGUGGAGUGGUCUUUCGGGGUGCCGGGGUCCAGGACUGAGUCCUUUGGAAGUCAGCUGGUGGCCUGCAACUUCUCGCUCCUUCAGAUGUCACACAAUCUUCAGGGAAAUUACACCUGCACAGCUACCAACACACUCAGUGGGAGACUCCGAAAGGUGGUCACCGAGCUCCUGGUCUACUCUCUGCCUCCAUCCGUGCCACAGUGUUGGGCAGAGAUGUCGCCAACUUCACCUGUCCUGCGCCUCACCUGCCGCUGGGAUGGGGGGUACCCGGAUCCCACCUUCCUGUGGACAGAAGAGCCAGGGGGUGUGGUCCUGGGGAAGUCCCAGAUUGGAGUGGAGAUACUGAACCAGUCACAGCUGAUGGAUGGCAAGAAGUUCCAGUGUGCUGCGAGCCAUAUCCUCGGACCCGAGUCGGGGUCCAGCUGCAUGGUACAGAUCCGGAGCCCCUCCGUACUCUCAGAACCCAUGAGGACUUGCUUCAAUGGGGGUGACGUGACAUUCACCUGCCAGGUGGCUGGUGCUUAUCCCCCCGCCAAGAUCCUGUGGCUGAGGAACCUCACACAGCCCGCAGGCCUCAUCACCCCGAGUAGCCGUCAUCUCAUCACGCACAGUGGCCAGAGCUCCACGCUCACCAUCCUCAACUGCUCCCAGGGCCUGGACGAGGGAUACUACGUGUGCCGGGCCGAGAACCCCGUGGGGGUGCGGGAAGUCGACAUCUGGCUGAGUGUGAAAGAGCCUGUCAACAUCGGGGGGAUUGUGGGAACCAUUGUGAGCCUUCUGCUGCUGGGCCUGGCUGUAAUCUCAGGGCUGGUGUUCUAUUACAGUCCAGGAAUUUGCUGGAAAGUUGGAAACACGUUCAGGGGCCAGGACCUGGGUGAUGUCAUGGUGCUGGUGGAUUCAGAAGAAGAGGAGGAGCAGGAGGAAGAUGCUGCUGUAGAGGAAGAGGAAGAAGAGGAAGGACCAGAGAGGGAUGAGUUUCCCAAAGAAAUCCACAAGCACAGCCAUAUCCACAGAGUGACCGCCCUUGUGAACGGGAACAUGGGCCAGAUGGCCAACGGCCUGCAGGCUCUGCAAGAUGACAACAGUGAGCAACAGAGCAACCUGGUUCUAGAAGAAGACAGGCCUGUGUGAUUGCAUCAUGGGCUUUCCCUGUCCUGUCUAAGUCUGCAUCGGCCAAGAAGUGUACCUGGCUUCCAGCUUUGGCUUGAUUUGCACCUUGCUCUGAGGGAGGAGAGCAGAGCAGAACUCUCAGCCAGAAAGACACACACAUACACACACACACACACACACACACACACACACACACACACACACACACAUACGCAUGUUCUUUCCUGUGAAAUGUAACUGAUUCACUGUACUUUCCCUCAGUCGUGUUACAAAGCUUUGGGGACAGACA